AUAUCUCCGCUACAUCCUUAUCGCUUAUCGAACGCGAGAACGGGGGACGGGACGGGAUGUGUACAUAGCAACCAAAAACCAUCGGAAUCCGUGAUACUGCCUUUUCUGUCUCUCCAUAUACCACCCUCUGUCUCCGCCAAAUCCAAUCCCAACCACACGCACCCACGCCCGUGUUCCAUUCCAGCGCGCCCGAACCGAGACAGCAUACAUUCCUCUCCCUCCACGAACCUCGCCGACACCUGCUCGCACACGACCCUGCUCGCCAUGGCCCUAGCAAGGUCCGCGAGCGGCCCCGGCGGCCUGAGCAUAAACACGUCGUCCGCCAACUUGUUCGGAUCAGGCAGUAACCAACCUGCGCCCGGAGGCCCGUUCGGCAGUGGCCCGUCUGUCACGCCUGCCGGCACCCCACAGCCACCGUCGUUUGGAGGCAGCCUCUUUGGUGGCUCCACGGCUGCGACCUCCCAGCCAUCUCAGACAACGACCAGCUUGCUCGGAGGAGGAGGAGGUGCGGGCGCUGGAACGAAUACUACCUCUCAACCGCAGCAGCAGGCGGGCAGCCUCUUCGGAAACACACAGCAAACCCAGCCUCAAACCCAACCCCAAGCCCAAACAUCCAACCCCGGCUCGCUAUUCGGCGGUGGCACGGCCGGUCAAGCGCCGUCUGUAGGUGUUAGUAGCGGUGGGGGACUCUUUAACAGCUCAGCCCGGCCUUCGCAACCAGCACCAGUUACGACUGGGACGACCGGUCUCUUCGGCCAGUCGACGCAGCCGAAGCCCAGUCUCUUCGGCGGUAGCCUCAGCCAGCCGGCUCAACCCCAACCAAAUCCUCUCGCGCAAUCCCAGCAACCGCAGGCCGGCUUCGGCCUAGGUGCGUCGCUCGGCCUGGGCCUAACCAUGGGCCAGCUAUCGAACCAACCGACCGUGCCUGGCGUGCGCAUAGACGUCAGCAAUCUGAAAGGCACCACGCGGUUCAACGACCUGCAGGAGGACCUGCAGAAGAAGAUCGAGCAAGUCGACGUGUUCAUCCAGCAGCAGAUGCAGAACAAGGACCAGGUCGAGUCCUUCAUGCCGGGCCACCGGGAGAUGCUCGAGAGCAUACCCAACGACGUCGACUUCGUCGAGAGGAAGUACGAGGGCGCGCGGAACGCGCUGCAGUCGGCGGCCCAGGCCAUCGACGCGGCGCGCGCGCUCGUCGGCCAGGACGUGGACCACGCGCGGCUGAGCUUCCGCGCGAUCGACAACCUGAAGCUGCCGGAGCAGUACCACACGCCGGGCCUGUGGUCGCCGCGGCAGCAGGCGGGCGGCACGGCGGCGAACGCGGAGGCGGACGGCCAGGACCUGGUCGGCUUCUUCUCGCAGGCGGCGGACGAGAUGGAGGAGCAGAUGCGGCGGUACGACGGCAACAUGACCGAGAUCGAGAUGCACCUGCGCGGCGUCUCGGACGGGCUCGUCGAGGAGCUGCAGAAGGUGAUGGCCGCCAAGGGCGGCGCGCCGCCCGGCCCCGACGAGAAGGUGCGCGAGCUCGGCGUCGUCUUCCGCGAGUUCGAGCACGGCAUCCUCAAGGUCGCCAGCGACGUCGCCAGCGCCCGCGAGGGCAUGACCCGCCUGCAGCUCGGCGAGUUCGCCGCCGCCGACGGCAACCGCAGCGGCGUGUACUAGUGCUAUUUCUGGCUUGAUAGAUGACGGGAGCGUUUACGGCGCGUGCGCGCGCGUGCUCGGCGUUGCUUAGCGUGUAAGAUACCCCCAGACAAGGAAAAACAAAGAGGGUUUUUUUAUAUCUACUAGCCUGGCGUGUCUUCUCUACUCUCGUUUCCCCUUGCAAGGCAUCAUAACUGAAAAGGGAGACACGGGAUUUUCGCUUCCCCGGGGAGACGACUCUCCUAGACGACUUAUGGGAGGUCAAAUUUAUACGAGGGACGGUUCGUAGGUACAUCGGUAUACUACGGAGGCACAGGGCAUUCGAACGGUGUGUUGGGCAUCUGACGAGGUAUAU